GAAGUCCUGAUUAUGUUGCAUAGUUCUCUAUAGGCCUGCCACCCCUCCUCCGAGAGAGGUAUUAUGUUACACUCCUCCUCAUCCAAUCACAAAGUUCCCCCAAAUCCUCCUGCGCGCGGUGCGCGGGCCUAUAAGAACCCCGACGGCUCGAGCUGACCGUUUUCCGUGCAUGGGCGCGCACCUUACCGUCAUAACUGUCACAACACUCAAGGCCAGAAGCUCGUCUAUACCUUGUUUCUGUUGUUUUUGAUUUGAAAAGUAAACUUAAAGAGAGUUGAAAAAACGAUUUCCAAAACAAAUAGAGCGAUGCGGGAAGAGGACUCCCCGAUGGACAGCGCGGGGAACAGCGAGGAGGAGGAGACGGAGCGGCAGCCGCGCAGAGGCGCGCGGAAGCGGCGUGCGCCCCAGAUCAGAAAGAAACCAGUCGAGGAGGAGCGCGAGGAGGAGGAAGACGACGACGAAGACGACGAAGACGAAGACGACGAUCGGGACGGAGACCUGGAAAGCCCCGACCCCGAGAAGAAGCGGGGGCGCAAGAGCGGCAGCUGCGGCAGCGAAGCGGGCAGUCCACACUCCUUCGACGACCUGCACACGCAGCGGGUGAUGGCGAACGUGCGCGAGCGACAGAGGACGCAGUCACUCAACGAGGCUUUCACGUCGUUGCGUAAGAUCAUCCCCACCCUGCCGUCGGACAAGCUGAGCAAGAUCCAGACGCUGAAGCUGGCCUCGCGCUACAUUGACUUCCUGUACCAGGUGCUGCAGAGCGACGAGCUGGACGCGCGCGGGACCAGCUGCAGCUACGUGGCGCACGAGAAGCUCAGCUACGCGUUCUCUGUCUGGAGGAUGGGGGGCGCGUGGUCCUUGUCCACCACGACCCACUAGUCAGAAGCCCCUACCGCGAACCUCAAUAGUCAGGGCCCCUCUACUGCUGACCCACGUUGUUCCAGACUUCGGACCACUGUAUCAGACCUGAUCCUGACGUGGAAGGCCUCAGAACACAGAACCAAACACAACUGGAUCGGAGAAGGGCUCCGCUGGAAUUUAGGCCCUCGGUGGAGGGAGAGCGAGAGUGCGAGAGAGAGAGCGAGAGAGAGAGAGAGAGAGAGAGAGAGAGAGAGAGAGAGAGAGAGAGAGAGAGAGAGAGAGAGAGAGAGAGAGAGAGAGAGAGAGAGGGGGGGGGGGGGGGGGGGCAUGCCCAUGCACGGCAUCCGUGCAUCCCUUGCACGGACGGACAAUAUAAUAAUAGCGUGCAGCACCAGGGAUUUGGAAGGAGAGUUGGAUGUAAGAAGGAGCGUCUCCGCCGCUACGACUUGAUGAAUGUUGUGAACACAUCGAGACUCUCAGGUCCACCUCUCUGUGUUGGAGUAGAGCAGGACUCUCAGAGGACAAUCCAUUUCACAUUCCCUGUGCCAAAUGACAGCUGACAUAUUUGUAUUUAUUUUUCUACACAUCUUCGAUUUCUAUUGCUCAAAUUAAAGUUAGUCUAUUUAUUUUUUUAUAUUACAGAAUGUAAAAUCGUUGAUGAUGCAUUUUGAGUGUUAUGUACAUAUUCGACUAGUCGAAUGUCUUAAAUAAAAGGUAUACUUCCUAAUACCUUCUGUCUGGAUGUUAUGAAAUGUACAAUUUGUUACACGCCCGAACAAAAACCUGUGUUUAAUAAUAAACAGAUUAUUUUUUGCCAUUAA